UUCCUCUCGGUAGCGCACGCUUUCGUUCACGGGAUAUGUUGUCGCAACCGCGUUCGGUCGAUAAUACGCAUCUCGAGUACGAGUGAUAGUGACCUGUUUUAAGGGUAUUUCGUGGCAGUACGCGAUGGCACAAGAGCAGAGCAUCGGCAAAAUGCCCAAAGCGGUACCGCAAGGGGCCGGCAACGGUGGCAAUGCGUCCCGCCAGAAAAUGCUACCGCUUCAUACCCAGCGAAUACUCUCGGCGUUCAGCAUGGAAGGCUUUAUGCGGCAGUCGGAAAGCCACUGUUCUGCCGUGGCGUCCGUGCUGUCCAGCGACGAGGAGCAGCAGUACUCCGGUUCGUCGGAUGACUCGGAUGAGUUUGGAAGCAAGUUUGUCCACCAGGCCGCCGCUCGUUCCAAUAGGGAACGAAUGUUUGACUUCAGUUCGGUCGAAAGCGAUCGUAUGUGGUUGAAGGAUUUGCUGCUCUCUGAGACGGAAACUGAACAGGAAACAUCCGACGACGAUGAGCACAUCGAAAGGUUGCUGAAGGAACAUCUGCGGGAAAAGAUGAGAAGGGAAAAGUACAACAGUUCAGCGGACAAUAACAAAUAUGGAUUCUAUAGCGUCGGGUUGCUUUCGGAUAGUGAUCUAUUUCCAGACCAUCGCCGUUCCGUGGCUCGCAAGCGAAAAUGCAAAAUCGAACAUGGCACUGGCAAACCGGAUGGUAUUCGGAAACGGAUGAAGCACGUUCAAAAGCGGACCGGAAAGGAUGGAAGAACCUAUUCCGCCGAUGGCAGCAGCUCAUCCGCCCGGGGUACCAUGUUUGGUGACAAGAAAGCUCAAAAGUUGCUUCAUCUUCAGCGUUCCGGUGCGAUGGACGCGGAGGGCGGCAGUGGUGGUGAAGGGUUUGAUUCGAUUGCCGGAAACGAUAGAGGGUUGCCGGUGGGAAAACGGGGUCGGAAGAUGCGCACCAAGACACCGGAGAUGAUGAAUAUCCGGCGGCGCAAGAUGUGGCAGUUGAUGGCAAAGAAGGAGGUCGGCAAACUGCAGCGGGCGAAGGUGAACAACCAUAAGGACACCAUCACCAACUGUCGCCGGGUGGCGGCCCUGUGUAUGCGUGUCGCCCGCCAAAAAGCGAUGCAAUCGCAGAAGCUCAUGAAGGACACGGUUUGGCGAGCGAAGCGAUUGACGCGCGAAAUGCAAGUGUACUGGAAGCGGUACGACAAGAUCGAACGGGAAACGAAGCGUCGCAUGGAGCGGGAAGCCGAGGAGCAGCGCAAGAUCGACGUUGAGAUUGUGGAGGCGAAGCGGCAACAGCGCAAGCUUAACUUUCUCAUCACGCAAACGGAACUUUACGCUCAUUUUAUGUCGCGCAAGCUGGGUAACGUUUCGGCCGAGGAGCAGCUUAAAAUUCUCUCCCAGCUCGACGAGGAAAGUAACCCCCGGUUGGCCGCAAUCGACAAUUACGACUGCGAGCGCAUGAAGCAACUUGCCCAGAGGAACGCGUCGGAGGCUUUUCGCAGCGAGCGAGCUCGUACGAAUCAAUUCGAUGUGCUCGGUGUACCUAUCCCGCACCGGGUGGAACCGAAAGACCCCUCGGCCGAGGAUGUGGCUAGCGCUAGGUCAAACAGCAGCGAACCAACGACCUCGAAGAACGAACACAACGGAGGGAUUGCCGAACUUCCUCAGCCAUCGAUGUUCCGUGGAAUGUUGAAAGGAUACCAACUGAAGGGAAUGGCCUGGCUGGCGAACCUCUACGAUCAGGGCAUCAGUGGCAUUCUGGCGGACGAGAUGGGCCUGGGCAAAACGGUCCAAUCAAUCGCGUUUCUUUGCCACAUCGCCGAACACUAUGGUGUGUGGGGGCCGUUUCUGGUAAUUUCGCCCGCCUCGACCCUUCACAACUGGCAGCAGGAAAUGCAACGGUUCGUGCCGGAGUUCAAGGUCGUACCGUACUGGGGCUCGCCGAAUGAGCGUAAAAUCUUGCGCCAGUUUUGGGUGCAGACGCACUUGCACACGAAAGAGGCCAGCUUUCACGUGGUGAUCACCAGCUACCAGCUGGUCGUGUCCGACUACAAGUACUUCAACCGGAUGAAGUGGCAGUACAUGGUGCUGGACGAGGCGCAGGCCAUCAAGAGCUCGAGUUCGAUGCGCUGGAAGUUGCUGCUCGAUUUCAACUGCCGCAACCGGCUGCUGCUGAGUGGUACGCCGAUUCAGAACAGUAUGGCCGAGCUGUGGGCACUGCUGCACUUUAUCAUGCCGACGCUGUUCGAUUCGCACGAGGAGUUCAACGAGUGGUUUUCGAAGGACAUCGAAAGUCACGCGGAAAAUAAAACGGGUAUUGACGAGAAGCAAAUUUCCCGAUUGCACAUGAUCCUGAAACCGUUCAUGCUGCGACGAAUCAAGAAGGACGUCGAGAACGAACUGUCAGACAAAAUCGAAGUGAUGGUCUACUGUCCGCUGACCACGCGCCAGAAAUUGUUGUAUGUAGCGCUCAAGAAGAAAAUCUGCAUCGAAGAUCUGCUCCAUCUCACCACCGUCGGUGGUGCAGGCGAUGGUCAGUCGUUCGAUCGGAACUUUACCUCGAACCUCAUGAACCUGGUGAUGCAGUUCCGCAAGGUGUGCAACCAUCCGGAGCUGUUCGAGCGUCGGGACGUGCGCAGUCCGUUCUGCAUGAAGUGGAGCUACGAGCUGGUCGAUCGGCCCAUCUUUCGGCGGCAACUGCUAAUGGACCACACCGUACCGAGCAACCGGCAUUGGCUUUAUAAUCGGUGUUACAUAUUUAAUGCUUUAAACGUGCAAAGGCGUUUGCUGGAUGGCGAGUAUAGCAGAAGGAAGGUUCCUUCGAGACUCACAUUUUGUGACGACUGGGGAACGCCAUUCGGUUGUGCACGGUUGGCGGGUGGUUUGGCGCCAACGCAGGUGGAUCGUAUGGCGCGAAGAAAUAUGUUCACAUUCAUGUAUCAAAUCAUUGAAGAGUGGAAACAUUGGAUGGCAAUCCUGCACUACCAGUGGGUAUGGGGCGAUAAACCGCAAACGUGGCCCUACCGGCGUCAUAUGCUCCUCGAACCUUCUGCUGAACGAUGGUGCCUAAACGUUUUCCCCUGGACCGUCAUGGGGCAGCUGCUGUUUACCAGCUUCGAACGCCGUUCAUCUUCGUCCAUUCCCAUCUACACCCACCGUGACCAUGUGCUACACGCGAUGGCGGAAACGUUGGACCACCGAAUAAUGCGCAGCCGUAAGGUACAAACCGUUGGUCAACCGCUGUCGCUGCUACCAGAGUUCCCGCACUUGCCCGAUCAACCCUCGCAUAGCACGGUUCUACCCGCGGAACCAACCACCAUGCCGAAGUUCCUCUGCCGUCUAUAUACGAAAGUACUCAACACUUCCGGUUGUACUGGGGCAGCCAUGCUACGCGGUACGAAUAACUCCAUGGACCAGCAACAUCCGACGCAGUGGAGAAAUUGUGGUGGCAUCCGGGAAGCGGCGUUUGCCGCUGAAGUCCAGCUGAAAGGGCACGUGGAUGCAUCCUAUCCACCGCACGGAUGGUCGAACAUUAUCAUUCCAGACAAGCAGACCCUGGUGUCCGAUGCGGGCAAGCUGGCGGUACUGGAUUCACUGCUCGCUCGAUUAAAAGAGCAAGGCCAUCGGGUGCUGAUCUACUCGCAGAUGACCAAAAUGAUUGACCUACUGGAGGAGUAUAUGUGGCACCGAAAACAUCGCUACAUGCGGUUAGACGGAUCGAGCAAGAUCUCCGCACGACGCGAUAUGGUGGCGGAUUUCCAAAAUCGGGCAGACAUUUUCGUCUUCCUACUUUCCACCCGGGCGGGUGGAUUGGGCAUCAAUUUAACGGCAGCAGAUACUGUGAUUUUCUAUGACUCAGACUGGAAUCCAACGGUGGACCAGCAGGCAAUGGAUCGGGCGCAUCGUCUCGGCCAGACCAAGCAAGUUACCGUUUAUCGUCUCAUUUGUAAGGGCACAAUCGAAGAACGGAUACUACAGAGAGCACGAGAGAAGAGUGAGAUUCAACGUAUGGUAAUAAAUGGAGAUAACUUCAAACCCGAUACACUCAAACCAAAGGAAGUAGUGUCGCUACUGCUCGAUGAUGAAGAAAUUGAACUUAAAUAUCGCCAGAAAACGGAGGAACGCCGAUUGACGGAAGAGCCGACGGGUAAGGGUGCGAAGGAUAGGGAUCGCAAGUCAAAGCAGGCUGGGAGCUGGAAGGCGGACGGGUCGACAGGCAGCAAAGGGCGCAAAACGGACAGCAUCGAGGGAGGAUCGUUCGAUGAUGGCUUGUUUGGCGAUUCGGCCGCACCGAGUCCGGCGCAGAGCGAACGGUCGAAUCUCAGCGAAAGCACAAACAAACCCUUCGAUGCCUUGGACGAUUCUAGUAAUGAUGCUUCAUCGUUGUCGUUCGAAAUGAUCCGAGAGCGUGAUAGUAAAAUGCGACCAGUAUCUCGCGGUACGAGCAAACGUGGUAGACCACGUGGUUCCCGAAGAGGUGGUGCGGUCGGUUCCGGUUCAUCGAGACAACCGGGCACGCCGGACCAACAACCAACAGUCGUUGAUGGAGCCACCAAUAACUCAACUACUUCCGUCCCAACCCCACCGAGUUCUCUUGCCGGCCCUUCGGCCAACAGUGGUACACCGCCGCAGAUAAGGCGUGGCCCGGGACGCCCACGUCUGAAAACCAACGGUCCCAGCAACCAGGGAACCCGCGGAUCGCACACGCGACAAACGAUUCGCAUACGAAAACCGAUCGGUCCAUUGGUGGUACCGCUCGGUGGCCAGUCGUCUUCGACCAAUUCGGCCGUGAACCGCCUCGCAUCAUCCCUGCCAACCACCAGUCCCUCCCGACCUGCCACCCCGUCCAGCUCCGGCGGUUCGACGACGGGCUUUCACCAUCCCGCAACCAGCGGGAGUCCGGUGUCGAUCAGCCGAUCGCACGUUACACACACCUCCACUACCACCGCCACCUCCUCCCCCUCGGCAGACAUUCAGUCGACCCGCCAGCAGUUAAUGCCGCCUCCAGCCCAGGAUGACGGAAGUGGUUUGCACUAAACUCGGUCUACCCAACGCUUCGGUGAGUUGUUGUUGUAAGAAUGCUAGAUUGUACAAAGGAGAUUGUAAGAAAAUAAAUGAAAGUCGCGAUUUUAAAUUUGGGUUUAACUUGUUGAAAGUCGAUUUCUAACUUUAACUAACCAUAAGUUACAACUGUAGCUG